AUGAUUUUCCUCAACUUUUACGUCACUUAUCAGAGUAGGGCUGACACCUGCCCCAGCAAUGAAUUGAGCCGAGACAGGAACUCGCGUGCUCUGCUGAAGGAACAGGAAUCUCUCAUAAAGAACGUGCUGGAGAGAUUUGAUAGGCUGCGCAUAAUUUUCGGUGAUACGAUGGAGAAAAAGCUGGAACUCGCCGCGUCAUUGGCUGCACAGCAGGGGUAA